GGACAUGAAUUCUUGCUCAAAGAACACCUGAAUCGGAAAUUGCUUCUCUUUACCUGCACAAAUUGAAGCAGAAUAGCACACACGCAGAGAAUUGUUUAAGAAUCCAACCGGAAAUCUAAUUUUUCUCCAUUCACUUGAUUUUAUAGUUGUUUGACCACUGAAGGAUAUAUAGCAGUUGUGAAGAGCUGCGCUUAUACCUCCUUGCUAUGUCAACAUGUUAAGUUUAUCGCCCAUCAUUACAUGCACGAGUAAUAAAGCCCACCUUAGUGGGCAUGCUAGAAAGCAAAUGACUUCUCAAGUUUGUGCUAUGAUGUCUCACUCACAAUCAAGUACAUGCUGUUUUCAUUUCCAUGCUGGUCACUCCCAACUUAGAUAUGCUGAUUUGACCAUCUCUGGGAACUUUUGUUCCCACACACGAAGGUGCAACUGUCUUUCAGCUGGUUCUGCAUUUUCCAAAUGGAGUAGAAACUGGCAUCCAGUAACUGUCAAAAGCUCAGAAAAUUCUAUAGGGCAACAGUUGACAUACCCUUCAUCACCGUGUCAAAACAUUAGUUUAAGACUUUUGGUGGCAAAACAAGAAAUGUAUACCAAAGGCAGGUGGUAUUUUAGACCCACAUCUUUGUUGCGAGGAGGUGCCUUUGCAGGGCUGAUUUUUGGCUUGUUGGUUUGCUUUGCAAGUUUCAAUCCAGUAUAUGCUGAAGUGGCCAAAAGGAAGAAGGAUAAUGCGUAUUGUGAGUCUUCCAUGACCAGUUCACAUGGAAAGAAAGUUUACACUGACUACUCCAUCACAGGCAUACCUGGAGAUGGGAGAUGUUUGUUCCGCUCAGUGGCGCAUGGUGCUUGUCUAAGAUCUGGUAAACCAUCUCCUAGUGAGAGUCUCCAAAGAGAACUAGCAGAUGAAUUGCGAGCCAGAGUUGCAGAUGAGUUUGUCAAUAGACGAGAAGAGACGGAAUGGUUCGUUGAAGGUGAUUUCGACACAUAUGUUUCACAAAUCAGGAAGCCAUCUGUAUGGGGAGGUGAACCUGAGUUGUUCAUGGCAUCACAUGUUCUCCGGAUGCCAAUCAAUGUCUACAUGUAUGAUGAAGAUGCUGGUGGCUUGAUUGCCAUUGCUGAGUAUGGCCAAGAAUAUGGUAAAGAGGAUCCAAUUAGAGUCCUCUAUCAUGGUUUUGGCCAUUAUGAUGCUUUACAGAUUCCUGGAAAGAAGAGUGGUAGAUCAAGACUAUAGCAGAAUGUAUAAGAUCCCCCCCGGCCCCUCAUGGUGAGGGAUAUAUGUAAGGAUUUGUAUAAUCUUCUUCA